AUGCAAGAGGAGAAAUUCAAUGACAUUCAGGUGUCGCAACAUACAGCUGAUAAGUUGAAGAAGCAAGCGCUGGAGUACAAGAAGCUUCAAGAAACGUUUUGUAAGAGAUUCUCAUCAGACGCCAACACCUAGUUUUAUGUUUUAAGCACUAAAUGGCUAAAUCAAUGGAAGCAAUACGUUUCCUAUGAUGAGAUCGUGGCUAACAAAGCACCCUGUAAAUACUUUGGAAGAAUCACACUCGAAAGAAUUAACGAUGAUUUGGAGGAUAAUGUGUAGAAAUGUUUUAAGUACUAUCCAAUCAGCAAUCAUCCAUGGAAUACUUACAUGAAACAAGAUUUAUAAGAAAAUGUGGACUAUGUAGUUAUUGAUAAAGAAAUUUGGGAAUUUUUUACAUCAUAUUAUUCAAACACUGCAAUAAUCAGAAGUUCGAAUGGCAGUGGCAAGGACAAAUAAGUGGCUGUAAAUUUGUUACGAAUUAAAUGCGUCUUGCUUUAUCCCUCUAUUAUCAAAUAAAUAUCUUAAGACAGAAUGCAGAGACAAACAUUCGAUAGUGAGGUUCUGCAAGUAGAUAGAAACAUGAAAUUCAAAGAUUAUUAAAAUUUGAUAUAAAGAACAGUGCAUACAUUCUCAGGGAAUUUCGCUAAAGAUAACAAUGUCAGAAUUUGGAGAUACGUCACAGACUAGAAAGAUGCAUAUAAAGCUUUGUUUAAUGAUAUUAACAAAUAAGUAGGCGAAUUAGAAAGUCAAGACGAUAUGUGCUUUGAUUUCAACGGAGAGUUACUUACACAUCAAUAGUAUGACACUAUUGAAGACAUCGGUAUUAUCGACACCAAUCUCAUUGUAUUUGAAUUUAAAGAUGAUUAUAAACCAUGGUGUAUUAGAAAUUAAGCAGUGUAGAUUGAAGGAAAAUGUGAGAAUUGCCAUGUCUUCAAAGUCCUAUCCUUUCCAUGCAUUUGCAGAAAGGUUUCUUAUUGCAAAGAGGAAUGCAGAUAGAAAGAUUAUAAUUAUCAUAGUGCUAGAUGUGAAAAGCAUGGUUCAGAUGAUGAAUCAGUUAAAUCCCUCACUCUAUCGUAAACAUCAGCAAAGGGCAUUGUGGGUUUAAGCAAUUUAGGAAACACCUGUUUCAUGAAUAGUGGAACCCAAUGUAUUUCCAAUUCAUAUCCUUUGGUUGAGUAUUUCUUGAAGAAUUUAUACUUUGACGAGAUCAAUAUGGAUAAUCCCUUAGGCACACAAGGACAAUUGGUAAAGAAGGUUGGAUCGCUCAUCAAAAAAAUGUGGUGUGGAGAUAGACAAACCAUAACUCCCACCAAUUACAAAAAGGCUGUUGGCCAAUUUUAACCGAUGUUUAAGGGUUUCCAUCAACAUGAUUCAUCCGAGUUAAUAACAUUUGUUUUGGAUGGAAUUCAUGAGGAUUUGAAUAGAGUCAAAAAGAAACCAUAUGUUGAAACUAAGGAUUACGAUGGCCGAUCUGAUUUUGUUGUUGCUAAGGAAAGUUGGUUAAAUCAUCUUGCUAGAAACCAAUCGGUAAUUGUCGAUCUCAUGCAUGGCCAAUACAAAUCAACAUUGAAGUGUCCAACUUGUCAAUAAUUUUCAAUUACCUUUGAUCCCUAUUUAAUGGUUUAAUUGGGUAUUCCAAGUUAAAAAAAGAGAACUAUCUAAUUCAAAUUUUACAAGGAUCUGUUUUAAUAUUAGUUUAUCAACCUCCCUUUUGAUAAAAACAAAAGUAUUCCUUUAAAAGAUUAUUUGAAAAUUCUAGGCGAAGAACUCAAAGUCGACUAUUAAUAAUUGUUUGGUUAUAUAGCAAAUAUGUACACUACUUUUGAAUUUUUGGAUGAAAAUAAAAGCAUUGUAGAUAUUAGAAAGAAUGCAAAAAGAUCAUAGCUUUGUUUUAGAUUAAUUACUAAUCAAGAAUUUUAAAUGAAUAAAAAAUUCCCUAUUUAAUUUUCUAACAAAUACUUUGAACAAUAAUAUAAAAAGUCCUAUUUUCAGUCUGGUGCAAUCAUAGUUGAUGGAUAAAUGACAUUGAAAUAGGUGCAUCAAUAAAUCUUUACUCAUUUAAAAUAAUUUUUUAUAGAAAAUGAAAAAGUAGAUUAUGAGAAAUAAGUCUUGAAUUAAUAUUAUUCUUUAGUUUACAAAACUAAUCAAAACUAUUGGAAUCCAUGUGCCUUUUGUAAUUCAAAGAAUUGCAAUGAUUGUGAAGUGAAAUAUGAAGAUGAAACAGUUGAAGAAGUCAAAAAUAGAGCCCUGAAAAUUGAUUAACAAUGCAAUUUUGAAAUCAUCAUCCUUUGGAAAUAAAGUCCAUUUAAAUCAGCUAAAUUACCAGAUAUUUUUGAUCAUUUUUUCAAAUCAAAUAAAAUCGAAAUAUAAGACAAUUACUAAAAAAACAAUAUGUCCUCUACAAUAAACUCCAAUACUUCAUAAGGCACUGCUACUCUUUAAGAUUGCUUACAAUUCUCAUAAAUGCCUGAAUAACUUAAUGCCGAGAACACAUGGUAUUGCAAAGUGUGCAAGGAACACGUUUAAGCAUUUAAAAGCAUGCAAAUAUAUAAGGCUCCCCAAAUAUUAAUCUUCACAUUGAAGAGGUUUAAAGCUUCAAAUAGAUUAUUUAAACAAAAACUAGAAACUUUGGUUGAUUUUCCAAUCAACAAUCUAGAUAUGACAGAUUUUAUUAUUAACUCAAAAACUCCUUUGGAAUAUGAAAACGAAAACGAAACCAAUAAUGGAGAAAAUAAUAAGCAAAAGGUUAUCUAUGAUUUAUAUGCUGUGUCCAAUCAUUUUGGAGGAUUAGGAGGUGGCCAUUAUACUGCAUUGGCAAAGAACAAAUUCACCAAUAAAUGGUACAAUUUCGAUGAUUCAAUGGUUAGCGAGAUAUCUGAAUCAUCUAUUGUUUCAAAAUCAGCUUAUGUGUUAUGCUAUUAAUUGAGAACAGAUGAUUCAAAAAAUUGUUAAGAAAAAACAAUGUAAUCUAUCUAAGAAUGA